AAGAGCGACAAAAGACCACAUCCAGCCGAUUCUGGACAGGAGCGGUCCUGCCAAUGGAAAGAUAUCAGUCUUGUCCAUCGAACACUGCAGAAAUAUCCUACCGGUCGAGCUGAUAUGGUAUCCCUGGCCCCCGCUUCGGGUAAGCCUGGCACGGCGACCUCGAGACCCCCCUCGAAGAUGGUAGUUUCAUCCCCCGCGCCAAUAUUGAAAACAUCCAAACCCGUCGAUAACGCCGCCACCACGUCUGCGGGGACGAAGCGCAAGAUGUCCGAGAUGGACCUUUCUUCCUCUCCACCCUCGUCCGCUGCUUCGGAUGCCGGCGGCGCUGGGCCUAGCCCGAAGAAGCGUGCAAGGGUCCAGUUUGAUUCUGAAGUCAAGACGCGAAGUUUGCCGCCGAAUGAAAGUAUGAGUGGUUCGGAGCCAGAGAAGAGUGCUGCUGUUGUUCGGGAGGAGGUGCGCAGGGCGAUCCAGAGACACCUGUCGGGCGCAGAUAGUGAGGCGUAUGAUCGAAUAAAGGAGAUCUUUUCGGCCGAUCCCAAGAAGAUGGAAGAGGAUGGGUCCUUGCCUUAUGGCUUGCCCUCGCAUACGACGUUGAAGCACCAUCUGAUGGGUUUGCUGUCCAACGUCGCGUCGCUUGAUAGGAACUGUACCGGUCUGGUUCAUUCAGUGUUGGAUAGCGAGUGGCUUGGAAGAGACGAGUCGUAUGUCAAACUCUACAUUCGAUUUCUCGGAAAUCUUGCUGCGGCGCAAGGAGGCUAUUUGGGCUCCGUGCUCAAGAUGCUGGUCGGCUAUCUGGGCGAAGUACCCAAAGGCACCGGCAAACUACCAGGCUACCCCCGCGUUAACACCGCCGAAAUCUACGCCAGAGUCCAUAUGGCACUCCGCUACAUCAUGAACUUGAUCCCUGCUGGAAGUGGCGCCCUGUCACCCAUCCUCUCCAUGCAGUUUCCCUUUGACACCGACUCCGUCAAGGCCAACGUCGCCUACACCAGGAAUCUCAUCAAGGUCAUCGAGUAUACGCCCGAACUGCAGGCAGAUAUCCUCGCUCUCGUCACAGAGAAGCUCGUAAAGAUCGAUGUGCAGAUUCAAGUCGAUAUGGAAGACAUUGAAGAUGAGGCUGGAGAAGACCUAGUGCAGGAUAUCGCCUCGCCGGAACGGAUCGCUCUGGCCGAUGACGACUCGGACGCAGAGUCUGUUGCGAGCGAUGAUUCAAUCGACGUCGACAUGCGCCAGUUAAAGGCUGUCAAGGACAAGAUUCACAAGCUCGACUGCAUGAUCGACACGCUAUUCGAGUACUAUGCUCCGCCUUUCACUUCGGGUUCCCUGGAUGACAAAGAGAACGCCCUUGAUCUCCUUCUGAGCCAUUUCCAGAGCAUCAUCCUUCCUACGUACCGCUCUCGUCAUUCCCAGUUCCUCCUCUUCCAUUUCUCACAAUCUUCCCCUAUCCUUGUUGACCGCUUCGCCACUACUUGCAUCCAACUCAUCUUCAACAAGCUACAGCCGGGUAUCACACGCCAGUCUGCGGCGGCAUACCUCGCAAGCUUCGUCGCACGAGGUGCUCAUGUCUCCAGCGAGGUGGUGCGCGAUGUGUUUGACCUUCUGGGCACGCAUCUGAACAAUCUACGUUCUGAGUACGAGGAGGCUUGCCGUGGUCCCGAUCUUCGACGGUAUGGCCCGUUCUAUUCCACUGCGCAGGCAUUGCUCUACAUCUUCUGCUUCCGCUGGCGUGAUCUUACGACGGCUGCGCUCGAGAGUGACGAUGCCAGCAAUCUGGAUGACAUCGAUCUGGAGGAUGUUUCCUUCCCGAUGUCUAUCAAGGAGAUCCUCCAUCAGACCAUCUACUCGAAGCUGAAUCCGCUAAAGGUGUGCUCUCCCGCCAUUGUGUCCGAGUUCGCUCGCAUUGCACACCAUCUUCGCUUCCUUUAUGUCUUCCCGCUCCUGGAGACGAACAAGAGACUCCGUAUCUCUUCGUUCCGCAGCAUCUCAGCCAUGGCCGAUCCCCGCUUCAGCCAGAUUGAGCGGGAGACCCGAGCUGGUGAUGACGGUGGCUACCAGCUAGAUGCCUACUUCCCGUUUGAUCCCUACCAGCUCCCGCGAAGCCGGCGGUGGUUGGAGAACGAUUAUGUCGAGUGGCGCGGCAUCCCUGGAGUCGAUGACCGCGACGAUGACUCGGACAGCGAAGCGGAUGAAGGUGAGGAGGAUCAUGACGACGUCGUCAGCACUGAUGGCGAGGAUGACUGAAAUGUCAUCCCAUCAGCAGUUCCAAGUACUCUGUUAUUUUAUCUAUUCAACGAGUGGCCAGCGAAUGCCUGGAAAAAGUCUGGUAUCUUUCAAGCUUUUGUUUGUUUCGUGAUUAUUAUUUAGCGCGGCGCCUGGAGCGAUCAUCUUCACACAACCUAUGGCAUGUGUUGAAAUGUUUCCACUUUCUCUUGUUACAUUACGACCCGAUGGAUAGUUACAUAUCUAUCCUGAUCUGGAUGAAGAUGUGAAAAAAGUGCAAUAUUGUAGGUAGAAAAAAAUGUUAAAAUUUAUGGAUCCAAAAUACAUCUCCUAGUAAACAUUAUCAAAUUACC